UACUAUCGCACGGCCACACUCGCUGGCACUUGUUACACGUGCUUUGCUGCACUUCUGUUUGUUUUCUGUUGGUUUUAAGAAUGUUGCUUUCGCAGAAGGAAGAACGAGGAGAGGAUAUUGCGUGUAAAAGUAAAGCCAACUGAUCACAGCUCUGCAGUCCUGGUCACCGUUGACGUGAGGUCGGACUAUUUUGGAGGUGCACGUCAAGGUUGGCUGACGUCCAGCAGAUGAACGCUCGCCAAGAAGAACGUGCCCUUCAGCAGAAGGAGGAUCCACAGCCCCCCUACAUUAAAGAGGAAGAGGAGAAUCUCUGGGUUAAUCAGGAGGGAGAGUGUCUUCUAGGGCAGAAGGAGGCUUAUCUCACCAAGUUUCCACUGACUGUUGUCUCUGUGAAGACUGAAGACCAUGAAGACAAACCACCUGAGUCCUCACAGCUUCAUCACAGUCCAAACGUCUGUGAAGAACAUCUUCGCCCUGAGCAACAGAAGUGGAGCUUCAGGAUGUGGACGGAGGAACCAAAGCCCUCCCACAUUAAGAAAGAAGAGGAAUACCCACUGAUCCCACGUUUUAAAAAGGAAGAGGAGGACCCACUGACACCCCAUUUUAAAGAGGUGGUUCUACUGAGCCCUCACAUUAAGGACGAAGAGGAAGAUCCACUGACCCCUCACAUUAAAGAGGAAGAGGAGGAACACAGCAUCAGUCAGGAGGGAGAGCAUCUUGAAGGACUGGAGGACUUCCCAGUGAUUAGUGUGAUUGUGAAGAGUGAAGAUGAUGAGGUCAAAAGUGAAAGUGAGGAGAAGAGAGAGGCGGAGCCUCCAAGCAGCAGCUCAACUCAACACAUGACAACAGAAGCUGAUGGAGACCACUGUGGAGGAUCACAAGCAGACAAGCUCUUAGCUCCACUAUCAGAUAGUGAGGACACAACGUCACACUCUCCUGACACUGAUGAUGAAGACUCUAAAGAUGAUACGACAUGUCACACUGACAACACACACUUCACAUGUUCUUUCUGCGACAAAACUUUUAAUGACCGUCGUAAUCUGAAAAGACACAUGAGAACACACACUGGAGAAAAACCUUUUUCAUGUUCAAUCUGCGGUAAAGAUCUUACUCGAAGGCAAUAUUUCAAAGCACACAUGAGAAUACACACUGGAGAAAAACCUUUUUCCUGCUCAGAAUGUGGUAAACGUUUUGUACAAAAUGCUUAUUUGAAAAUACACAUGAGAACACACACUGGAGAAAAACCUUUUUCAUGUUCAAUCUGCGGUAAAGAUUUUACUCAAAGGCCCCAUUUCAAAGCACACAUGAGAAUACACACUGGAGAAAAACCUUUUUCAUGUGCAAUCUGCGGUAAAGAUUUUACUCGAAGGCAAUAUUUGAAAACACACAUGAGAAUACACACUGGAGAAAAACCUUUUUCCUGCUCAGAAUGUGGUAAAUGUUUUUUACAAAGUGCUUAUUUGAAAAUACACAUGAGAACACACACUGGAGAAAAACCUUUUUCAUGAUCAAUCUGCGGUAAAGAUCUCAGUCGAAGGGACCUUUUCAAAGCACACAUGAGAAUACACACUGGAGAAAAACCUUUUUCAUGUUCAAUCUGCAGUAAAGAUUUUACUCGAAGGCAAUAUUUGAAAACACAUGAGAAUACACACUGGAGAAAAACCUUUUUCCUGCUCAGAAUGUGGUAAAAAAUUUUAGUAAGUCAAAGUUUAAAAGUACACAUGAGAACACACACUGGUGAAAAACCUUUUUCAUGUUCAAUCUGCGGUAAAGAUUUUACUCAAAGGCCCCAUUUCAAAGCACACAUGAGAACGCACUGUGGUGAAAAACCAUACUCCUGUUCAAGCUGCAACAAAAUAUUUCAUCACCUAACAACUCUUACAGUACACAUGAGAACACACACAGGAGAGAAAGUGUUGAGUUGCAGUGUGUGUGGUGAAAGAUUCUCCUAUAAGUACCAGUGUAAGAAACACAAGUGUGCUGGUGAGAACGGCAGCAGCAAAUGAAGAUGCACAACACAAUUCAUCCUCUGAUCAUAUUACAGAAAAGAGCAGUGCGUAUCAUUCACAACGUUGGUUGGUCCCCAACCUUUUUGUUACUGCGGACCGGUCAACGCUCGAAAAUUAGUCCCACGAACAAAUAUUUUCUUUUUUUUGUCGUAAAAAAACACAAUCAUGUGUGCUUACGGACUGUAUCCCUACAGACUGUAUUGAUAUAUAUUGAUAUAUAAUGUAGGAACCAGAAAUAUUAAUAACAGAAAGAAACAACCCUUUUGUGUG